AUGUCGUCUCUAGCAAAGCUUCUCAGGACCGGUCCGCUCAACAUCCCCGCGGUGUUUAAUGACGCAUUUGACGCUCUCAUCUCGCGCCUCAUGCGGGAGUGGGAGAUCCCAGGCGUCUCUAUCGCUAUUGCUCCUUUGUCUGGUGCUGCACCUGUAUUCAAGGCAUACGGCCUAGCUCAUGGAGACGAAGCCAUAACGCCCAAGGCAAGCGAACGCUGGGUCCUCUUUACGACCCUCACACUCCUUCGGGUACUGAAGGAGCACAGUCUCGGCCCAGACACACCCGUCAGCGAUGUCCUCCCGAACUUCAAACUCGAGAGUGAGGUCGAUGGGGCCAAGGUGACGUUCGCGCAUUCAGUCGGACACGCUGCAGGGAUCGAGACGGCAGAUGUCAUGUACACUGAUUCGGCAGCUCAGGAGGAUAUGAUCCGAUAUCUCUCCACCCUCCCCUGCUCAGCCGCACCCGGUACUACUCCCUUCUACUCCAACUACAUGUUUGACGCCGCCGCGCUCGCUGUUGAGGCGCUUACGGGCCAGACCUUCGAGGUGGUGGUCAAGGAGAACGUCCUGGACCCUCUCGGGAUGGCAGAAACGAGCUUCACCGGCACCGCUGGGGAGGACGUCGCGAUGGGCCUCACACCUCGGCUGGACAAGGGGGAGUUGAAAGCAGGAAUGGGGAUAUCAGUUGGGGUGGGGCCGAACACAGGCCUUCAGUCCUUAGGCCAGAUGGGAAGGGGAUCGUACGGGCUGAUCAGUACCGCAGAGGAUAUGGCAAAAUGGACCGCCUCUCUCCUGUCCAACCCAUUCGUCAACGCCGCAUCCGCUCCGCGCCUCAACAUGACGGACAAAUGGCACCCAGGCGGAUCACUCCUCGAUGCGCCGCUCACGUACGGUAUGAGCCUAUUCCAGGGGUCCCACGCUGGGGUGGCCUUCCUGGAGGCGUAUGGAGCCACCGCGGGAUAUCGGACCAAUAUGGCCAUUAUCAGGGAGCUCGAUGUGGGUAUAGUCGUCAUGAGCAACUCGGAGGAAGCGCAUGAGCUCGGUGCGAUGAUCAAGUUCUUGGCGAUCAGGUCGCACCUGGGUAUGGAUAUUGACUCGGUGCUGCAAGCCAUGUCGACCGAGAUGGCGCAGCGACGCAAGGCAGAGUGCCCCAACCUCCCAGCCAUCACCGGUGUCACUCCAAAUCUCUCCCUGGGGACGUAUGUCGGUCCUGGACUCGGCCGAUGGCAUCUCACUUCCGCGUCGUUCGUCACUGAGCGGCCGGAAUGUGUGAACAUUCCUUAUCUUCCCUGGCUCUACGGCACCUGCAAGCCACUCCUCACCUUGACGGGCGAGGGAUCAUACGAGGGGUGUAUGCAAUGGACCAACAGGGCUGAUGGGAAGGUGUACUACGGCUGCCCAUUCAGUGCGAAGGAGGUGGACGGGGACAUCUGGAUCAGUGGAUUUAAUUGGGGGGACAAGGCGGAGUUGUGCGUGCUGCGCAAGAUCAAAGGAUGA